AUGAGCGGGAGCGCGGAUAAAUUAUCGGGUGGAGAUGAAGCGGAAGAUGGAGCGGAGAGAAGAAGAAAGAUCAGUUUGUUUGGUGUUUACUCAAAAGUUUUCAAAGUCAUGCUGUCCAACUGGAAGGAAUCUAUCGAACACACGGAAGAGGAAGAUCGUGUGCGAGAACUUGAUGAGUUGGUGCUGCCUAGUAAUGAAGAGUGGCGGUACCAAGUUUACUAUCGGCUCGUUGAUCUUCAGCGGGAAUUAGAUUCGACGCUUGAUAAAGAAGUUUCGGAUGAAGAUAUCGAAGUCGAAGGAGUCAAAACUCCGGUAUCUCAAGAUGAGAUCCCUUGGGAAUGGGAACCGAUUGCUGAAAAUCCAGAUGACUUGGUCAGAAAUUCCCCAGAUAUUUUAAAUGAAAGUUUAGCAAAGCGCCAGGCGUUUUUGCGGCACUUGGAAAGUCCUGGGGGUUCGAUGACUGAAGCUUACAUUGAACCCGGUUGGAGAUUGAAUGAUAUUCUGCUGGCAGCUAAAGUUUUACAGGGAGAGUCGCUGCCGCAGCAAACUUCGUAUACAGAUGAAGCUGAAAUGCGUCGGGUUUUUGGUCUAGUCUAUGAUGUCUUGCGUUAUAAACAAAUUUUUAACCAAGUACUGGAUGACGUUGGCUUCUGGGUCAAUAACAAAGAGCUCAAAGAUCACGAGCGGAUUGUCUGGUUGAUUUUAUUUGAUAUGCAGGGACGAAAAUUUACAAAUCCUUCUCAAAUCGCCCAGUUAGAAAUGAGGAAGAGUUUAUUUAAAGAGGCAGGAUUGCUGGGUAUUGAAGAAUCUUUGCUGAAAAUUAAGACCAAGCUCGCGGCCAGCAUCUCGCGGCUGAGAAUCGGCGGGUCAGCUCUCACUCUAGACAAAUUAUUACCUGAGCACUUGAGACAAGAAGGAGUCUGCUGGACAGAUGACGAAGCAAUAGCUUCCGGUUGGGUAAAUACAAUUAAAAUUUCAACAAAAGCUGAAUUUAUGAGUGAAAUGAGUAAACUGGGAUUUAAAUUAUCAACCAAUUGGCGACGACUAAAAGAAAAUAAUUACGCAUUCGAUCCAAUUUGCCCCAAAGUUGUGGUACUUCAUGAAAAAAUUCGUGAGCAAUUGGCUAGAUCUGAUCUAGUUCGCGACUGUCGUUUUAUUUUUCUCGAACGUUCAUUGUGCUUCGGAGCAGCGGCAUUGGCCAAAACAAUUCGCGUAUCUCAUCUCUGUGGCCCAAUAAUUUUAACGCAUCUAAUAGCACCCAGACACACUGGAUAUUUAGCUGGACUAUUAAUUGACAUCAAAAAAGCUGGAAGACUUCUAGCUUUUGGAGCAGAAUCACGACGUGCUGAGUACGAGGCCUAUUUAUCAGCCCUAGGAAUCAGUGAAAAACAGUACCGAGUAUUUUCUGAAAGUUAUAUCACAGCCCCGGGGUUCGCGGAACUAGAGCGUGCGACAGUAGUGUUAGCAACUCCUCCAUGUUCUUACACAGGUUUAACAAACAUAGUCGACCUAAUAGUAGCACGAGGAGGUGACACAGAACUACUCGAGUCGCUGACAAACGUCGACGACCAAGCGCAAUUAGAACGACCGCGUAAACUAUUAGCUGAGCAAAUGAGUUGCCUGAAGUACACACUCAUGAAGCCAAAUGUUCAGCUACUCAUAUACGAGGCACACAGUACUUUGCCUUCAGAGACCGUCGAGAUGCUUCAGCAGGUAGUUCAGUAUGCAAACAAGAUGGCAGUUGACAAGCACACUCGCCAACACUUGCCGAGAAGAAGAACUCCCACUAAAGACGCGAGUCCAAAGAGCGGUGGAAGAUCAUCAAGAUCUGGAAAACGAGCAGCACUCCAGGAGUCACGGACCAAGAGCUCUGGGGAUGAAGAUGAUGAAGAAACUUCAAUUUCUCCGGUGCCGCAGGUUCAAGUACCCGACAGUGAUCUGUUUGAGAUAGGAAAUAUUUUUGAACUUUAUGGACAUUCGAGUAGUGGAGAUAAAGAAGUUGCUGAUAAUCCUCUGGCUGAAGACGGGUGUUAUCUAGCAGUAGCCCGUCGUAAGGAGAUGAUGCAGUUCAACUCGCUGUUUAUGAUAAAAGUUGCUGAGUCAAAAGGGCUUUUCGGAAAUCCACAGGCUUGCAAAUCUCCAGUACACGAGCAACAGUCUAGGGAAGAAACUUCAACGACGUCUCCGACACCCACUCCAACAACGACCGGGGUUAAGAAGCCUAAGAAGGGCAGAGGGAAGAAGAAAAUAGUGAGAUUAGAUCGCAUUAGCGCGCCGACUCAUUCCUCAAUGCUGAAAGUUGGAAGUCGCAGAACUUCUCGGCAUUCCAGACAAUCAAUCGACAAUGAAUCAUGCGAAAGUUUUUCAGUAUCUAGUGUUAGAUUGUCCUGUCCACGUUACAGCGAACGAGUCGCCCGUGAUGAACGUUUCAUCAGUUAUCAAGUCCGGGAAACUAAACGUCGAGAUGUCAGAAGAUGGUGGGAGCAGUCUGCUACUUUUUUAAUCCACGCAGCGAGAUGCGAGCCUUGUAAAUUCCGUAUAUUUCACACCGACCCCUGGACCAAGAGAGUCCUCUACGCCCCGCGGGUCCAGCAGAUUGUUUUUCCUCGCGAAGAUGAUCGUCAUUGA